GUGUUUUUAAUUGACUCGAUCUCAACUCAAGCACUGCGUAUACCUUCGAUCUGAUUUCCUCAUCGGCCCAGCAGUAAUUUUGGUUUUAAUUUGGAACUAGACCGUAACCCUUGUAAACAACGAGCCAUGGAGAACGCAUCUGGAAGCCAGCCAGGAGGCAAGAGCAGCAUGCUGGAGCAGACUCAGCAACAGGUGAACGAUGUGGUGAGCAUAAUGCGCGUGAACGUUGAGAAAGUCUUGGAAAGGGACCAGAAGCUCUCGGAGCUGGACAGCAGGGCGGACGCCCUCCAGGAAGGCGGUCGUCGGUUCGAACAGCAGGCGCAAAAGCUCAAGCGCAAAUACUGGUGGAAGAACCUCAAGAUGAUGAUCAUCCUCGGCGUCAUCGCCGUCGUCAUCCUCAUCAUCAUAAUCUUGUCCUUCAUGCUGUCGGACUCUUCGGAUAAGCCAGCCGCCGCCGCCGCCGCCAACAUCCCUCAAGCUCCAGUACAGGCGGUGCCUUCGGAUUCGCAGCCUCUACCAAUGCCCCAACACUGAUCCAAGACACCAAAUCUCUUGAUCGAAGACAUACUGUAAACCACAAUACAUUAAUAGUAUUCAACUAAUUUCUUCCAGACGUCUUAAAGUACGCUUUCAUGGUGAAUUUUAAGUUAACAUCCACCACGUGAACGUACAAAACCACAACAAGUUUUACAAAUCGAAAUUUUUACAAGGGGUGGCCAAAUUUUCUACUUACGGAAUAUAUUUUGUUUUAUUAUUUUUUUUUUCAUCGAGACGCUUUCGGGGAGUAGUUAUAUAAAGUGCCUUAAAACUCUACGAUUCACCACUAAAACUUUUAAUUCUUAAUUAAUUUCUCUUUAUUUGUGUGUAUAAGAUUAUAUCCUGGUAUAAAUAUUGUUAGGAACAGCGUAUAUAAUUCUACUUUAGUUUAAUACCCACUAUUCUUUGUUAUUAGUUUAAGAUUGAAAUUACUUAUUGCGGUUUUUUUUUUGUUAUUAUCGGAGCUUGUCCUUACAUAUUUUAA